GCAGCUCAGCUCAGAUUGCAGAGGCUUGCUACAAAGUACAAGUUCCCGGCACAGUAGCAAACAACGCUCUUUUAUCUACAACUGGUGACCAGAGUACAGAAGAUAAACAUGUCAUUUGAUCAUUUUGACUACAAAGGAGUCAGAUUUGCCCAUACAGUUCACUCAGAAAAGAGUGUCAGUUAUGUGGAAAAUGAACUUAAAGUCUUGGAUGAUGAUAUUUUCAAUGUUACCUACCCCAAAUCAGGUACAAAUUGGAUGAUAGAGAUCUUGAGUUUAAUCAAACACAAUGGGGAUGCAACAAUAUGUCAGAGUAUACCAAGCUUUGACAGGGCACCAUGGCAAGAGACUGUUGCUUUUCAAGAACAAGAAGCAAGUCUUACCCAGCCAAGAAUCAUAUCCUCCCACCUCCCCCACCACUUGUUUGCAAAAUCGUUUUUCAAAUCUAAAGCAAAGAUUAUAUAUACAAUGCGAAAUCCUAAGGACAUAAUUGUUUCUUUAUUCCACUUCAGCAAGAUUCUUUACAUUUUCAAGGAAUCUGAAAAUUUUCAACAACUGAUGGAGGACUUUGUGAAAGGGAAUGCUCUCUAUGGGUCUUGGUUUGACCAUGUCAAAGGCUGGAUGCAAAUGAAAGACGACAGCAGAUUCUUCUUUAUUACAUAUGAGGAGCUUUUAAAGGACCCUCGUGGAAGUGUGGUGAAGCUCUGUAAGUUUCUAGGAAAGCAGUUGGAUGAUUCUCAGAUUGACUCCGUUGUAAAGCAUUCAUCUUUCAGCAGCAUGAAGGAAAACAAGAUGGCUAACUGGUCUCAAGUAACAUCAGACGUUUUAGAUCACUCAAAAGGCACCUUUUUACGUAAAGGAGUCUCUGGAGACUGGAAAACCCAUUUUACAGUGGCCCAGAGUGAGUAUUUCGAUAAAAUUUAUCAGGAGAAAAUGAAAGACCUCAACAUGUCUUUUUCCUGGGAACAAUUCUGAUUCAGUCACUGGCAAAUGUAAAUGAUUUUAAUAACUAAAACUGUUAGAAAUACUUUACUUACAAAUGUUAGAAGUUGUUGAAUUUGUCAAUAUAUGUUUUAUUUGUAAUUAAAGACGAUCUAAAGUCAGUGCUGACAUUUAAUAUAAAUAAAGAUCAUCUUUCACCACAGCAAAA